AUGUUGCCUGAUAGCCCGUGUCCCCGUGCCGCUUUGGCCUUAUCCGAUCUUCAGCCACAAACCGGCGCCUCAACGUUUGCUGUUGGAACUGGAUCCGGGAAUUGGUCAACGCAUGGAGUCGGCGGAAUCGGCGGUGAUGCCUAUUUGGACAAAUCCCAGAACAACAAUGGAGGAGGGUUAUUUGGUGGAAUGAGAAAUCAAGAUCGCUCCCUCGAAAACCCAUUGCAACCCCACAAUUUUGGCCCCUCAUCGCAUCAAGGAGGACUCUUCGGAAAGCUGCCCGAGUGCAAUGAAAUUCCGAAAGUCCUCUGCUGCUCCGAACGUGUUAUUGAUAAAUGCCUCUCUGGUUGUCUAGACCAUGUGACUGAAAAUUGCCCCGAGAAAUUGGAAAAAUUCGAAACGAUUGGAAACGAGUUACCCAAAUAUGAAAAGACUCCUCAACGUUCUCACUCGAAAUCCUCCUCUUCAAUGAAACAAUCAACUUCGUUUGGCACUUCUUCUCGUCGACGUACCCAACAAUCCGGUGACUACAAAUUGUUGAACAACGAAUACCCGCUCACUGAGGUCUCCGAUAAAGAUUUGACAUCUGAUUGUGGCACAAAGAGAUCUCUUCCCCCAUUCUCUCCGUGUCUUUCUCGAAAAACGGUCGACGAUCUCUUCCUUUCAUGCUGUCAACAACAUGUGCCUGCGAAUUGUCACUCUUUAUGCACCUAUGAACAUCGGGAGCACGUGGCUGCUGAGAAUCUGAUACAGGCUGUUCAACAAGAUGGUUGUGAUCUGAAAUUUCUAUCGAAUAUCCUCUACUGUGCCAAUCAGAAUCGCGACAAUCGGGAGUGUUGCACCCAUUUGGGGAUGAGCAACGAAGAGCUGGGAGUUGGGGAUCGCUGCCUCCGCAUGUGCAAUAUCGCUCAAUCGGGUGACCGUCUUCGAGCAGUCGAAAAAGACGAUUUGGUGUGUCUCUCGAAUUGGAAUGUCAUCAUGUAUUGUGCACGAGGAGGAUUGCGAACAAUCAAU